GUUGAGCCAAUUCUAACUCUGACAUCUAACGCAAAAAUGGUCCGUCUUGUUGAUCUUCUGGCUCUCCCGGCCGUUUGCCUCGCUCUUCCCAGCCAGCACCAGGCCCGUGAUACCGUCAACAGCGACCAGCUCGUUGGGUUUGAUCAAACCGUCCCCAGCGGAGCAACAGGUGAUGUGUAUCUGGCGUACAAACCGCAUCUCAAGGUGGUGAAUGGCUGUGUGCCCUUCCCUGCUGUCGAUGAAAAUGGAAACACCAACGCCGGCUUAAAACCCUCUGGCUCCCAAAGCGGCGAAUGCAGCAGCAGCACCGGACAGGUGUACGUCCGCGGAACCAACAACGGCACGCACGCCGCACUCAUGUACGCCUGGUACUUUCCCAAAGACGAGCCGUCGACUGGCAUCGGCCACCGCCACGACUGGGAGGGCGUGGUCGUCUGGCUAUCCGACUCUUCUGCCUCGACGGCGGAGAACAUCCUCGCCGUGUGUCCGUCUGCGCAUGGAGGCUGGGACUGCUCGACGGACGGAUACUCUCUGGACGGCACGUCGCCGCUGAUCCAGUACAAGAGUACCUGGCCGUUGGACCACCAGAACGGAUUGACGAGUGAAGUUGGCGGCGAGCAGCCGUUGAUUGCGUGGGAAUCGCUCCCCAGCGCUGCGAGUGAGGCAUUGGAGAAUACGGACUUUGGGAAGGCAAAUGUGCCAUUUAAGGAUGCCAAUUGGGAGAGGAAUUUGGGAUUGGCUAGUUUUUAAUCAUAAUACCCUGUAUAUACCAUAUCUAUCUAUAUAUUUAUCUAUAUCUAUCGAUGAAUGUCUUCUAUAG